AGAGAGCGAAAGGAGGAGGAGGAAGAAGGGGGUGAGAGUAGAGGAGGAGGUGGGUGAGUGGAAGGGCGUGCAUUGGUCCAAAAGCGCUCAAAUGGGUAAUUGCGCACACGGCGGUCCGAACUGUAGACGCGGCUCCAACUUCGAGCGCAGCGCGGUCGGAUUUGGAGCGAUGCGGAAAACUUGCAUGUCUGAGAAUGCGGAGCGUCUGGGAGACCGUGCGGACUGACUGAGCGCAGUUUGGAGCGCUCUUUAUCCCCUUUCUCCCUCCGGAGGAUCACCCUCACCCUCAGAGGCGAUGGGUUCUGUGAUGUUGGACUGGAGGUUAACUUGUCUUCUUCUGCAGGCAGCUGCUAUGCUGCUUCACAGCACGGGGGAGAGGAUGUGUCCUGCGAGUUGUCGCUGUGAAGGAAAGAUUGUUUAUUGCGAGUCUGGCAUCCUCCAAGACAUUCCAGUAAACAUCACGACAGGAUGCCAAGGACUGUCUCUGCGCUAUAACAACCUGCUGGUCCUGUUGCCGUACCAAUUUGCUCAUCUCAACCAGCUCAUCUGGCUUUACUUGGACCAUAACUCCAUCAAAGCUAUAGAUGCUUUAGCCUUCAAUGGUGUACGCAGACUCAAGGAACUGAUUCUCAGCUCCAACAAAAUAACCUUUCUGCACAAUAAAACAUUCAGUGCCAUACCCAACCUGAGGAAUCUGGAUUUAUCUUACAAUCAGAUGCAGUCUCUGCAGCCGGGUCAUUUUCAUGGCCUGCGCAAGCUCCAGAGUCUCCACCUUCGAUCGAACGGACUGAAGCAGAUCCACAUUCGCACAUUUCUGGAAUGCCGCAGCUUGGAGUUCUUAGACCUGGGUUAUAAUCGUCUUCGCAGCCUGACUCGCACCACAUUUUUAGGACUGUUUAAGCUCAGAGAGCUUCAUUUGGAGCACAAUCAGUUUUCCAGGAUUAAUUUCUAUAUUUUCCCACGCCUUACCAACCUCCAGACUCUCUAUUUGCAAUGGAACCACAUCCGAUCCAUCAGUCAAGGCGUGCCGUGGACAUGGCAGAAACUCCAGAAACUAGACCUUUCUGGGAAUGAAAUCCAAACUUUGGAUCCAGCAGUUUUCCAGUGCAUGCCCAAUUUAGAAAUCCUCAACCUUGAAUCUAACAAGCUUAGUAGUGUUCCUGUGGAAGCUGUGGCAGCUUGGACCUCCCUGACCUCCAUCAGCCUGGCAGGUAACACGUGGGACUGCAGCCCCAGCAUCUGCCCUCUGAUGGGAUGGCUCAGAACCUUCAGGGACCCCAAAGACAUCAACAUGAUUUGCAGCGGUCCAAAAUCUGUGCAGGGAGAAAGAGUGGUGGACGUGUUGAGGAACCACUCGAUAUGUGUGGAGGUAUCAAACAUGUUCUCAACCACAACUCUUAUCGAGUUGAGCUCAACUCAAGCUGUAAACAUCACCGCUUGGUCGUCUCCGUCUGGAGAACUGACCCAUACUGUGGCACCUUCACACAAAUGGACUACUUCACCUGUCCGCCGCAACAGGACAGCAGAAUCCACCACUCAAAGCUCCACAUCCCAUUUCUCUGCUGAAACACCCACAUCCUUUAUCCCUGAGCUGCCGUUCGAGCAUAUGGCUUUCCAUAAAAUCAUAGCGGGCGGUGUAGCUCUGUUCUUGUCAGUGUCAUUGAUCCUGCUGGUUAUUUAUGUCUCGUGGAGGCGCUACCCCAACACCAUGAGGCAGCUUCAGGAGCACUCAGUCAACCACAAGCGCAGGAAAAAGGCCCGCAAGCAGGAGCAGGACCUUAACUCUCAGCUGCAAGAGUACUAUCUGAGUUACCAUUCCAACUCUGAGACGCUUGACUCCUUGGUGAACGAGAGCAGACCGUGCACGUGCACUAUAUCAGGAUCCAUCGAAUGUGAGGUGUGAACACUCUGCCUUCUAGAGACAAACGGUGGAUUUUCUUGGCAGAGAUUUUCAUUAUUUAUUUAUUUUAUUUCAAGGAGAUAAAGUGGUUUUAUCUCUGAUGUUAGACGAUAAAUUCUGCAGCACUGAAGAGAAUUCUCAGAGGCUCGGCUCAAUAUAAUUAUGUGCACAAAGGAGAGUGAUUUGAAUGCAGAGAUAUAUUUGGAGAAAGUUAAUUAUUGCCCUGACUGACAUGAGAACAGUGACGAGGAGUUGGCGAUCUUUCGUGAAUCAUGAAGUACGAGUCAACUGUGGAGAGACUGACCUUGACCUGAGGCUACAUGUCACCACGAGCCAGCAAAGCCACUUUCGACUUGCUAGUUUUGUUCUCAUGAUGUAGCCUGUAAAUCAUUUGGCAAAAUGUGUUUGCUCUGUAUGAGUUCAUGUGUGUGAGCCUGCGAUGGGAUGAGCUGGUUUGCUGACGUCUGGCUGGAGAUGUUACAAAGUCUCACCUUCUCACCACAGAAAAACACGAGUCCAGCUGAGUUUUUCUGCAUUUGGCAAACAGGUGCAGCCACAGCAGAAGCCACAGUGUGUGUGUGUGUGUGUGUGUGUGUGUGUGUGUGUG